UGUUUCUCUGUACUAGGAGUGUUUUUUUAGUUUUAAGAAAUCUCUUAAGGGAGUAUGUACCAUCAAGAGCCAUUAUGGCUCUUGGUACCAUGUAUGUACCUUCCGUAAUUGCCUCAAUUAUGGCAAAGUUUGAACAAAUUCUAUGAGAGCGUUUUGGAAAGCUUAAGUAUUUUUAUGAAUCACAAAAACACUGAGUGAAAUAGCAUGCUAUCAACACAAUUAGCUAAUAUUUUAAGAAACGAUGAGCUUUGGAAACGCGGCUAUAUCUCAUAGUGGUUUGAUUCCAUUGAAAACUGCGUACAGAAAAAGAGGGGAAUUGCUCUGGGCGAUGGGAAGUUCGAAGUUGAUUAACCUGCACUCAACUGCUUUUACAGUUUUUGCACGUUAUUUGGUCCAUGCCUACAAAUUUCUCAUUAUUCAAAAAACCGCUGGAUAAAUUUUUUUUAUACACUAUGUCUUGCAAAUCCCCAGAUCAAUCGUCGAUAAAUAUACCCUGCAAGUUUCAAGAACAUUGAAAACAGGGAAGGCUUUUAAAUAUGUCGUCAAAUAUAACCAAUUUUUCUCUCAGAUUUUGUGUUUAAAAUUGAGCGUCCUCAUUAUUCACUGGCAUUGUUUUCAAGUUUCAAAUGUAGGUGCACAACUAGCAAAAAAAAAUUUGCAUAAAAAAAACGCUCGAUUACUUUCCGCAUAAAUGUCCGGAAUAUCCUAAUAAAUGGCUUUUGUCACGGAUAGCGCAGUGAGAGCCGCGACCAGGGCCGAAACGGUGAACAUCACCGCUCAUCGUGUAGGAUGCAAUACUUAAUUAUCUUUCUCGGGUUAUAACACCACAGAAACUCUUACAAUGAGUUGCUGUGAUGUUAUAAUAUAUCACUAACUUCUUUGCCCGGUUAUUAGCACAUUCCGGAGAGUUUUAACGGAAAGUGACCGAGGGUCCUAUCUUUUGCGAGUUGUGCACGUACAGAGAAACACAAAGAUAAAUAAAAAAAGUAAUGGCGUCAUUACGUUGCCAUGGCGACUCUGAUUGCAAUAAAAUGGCGACUCCGAUUGCAAUAAAACUUAAGAAAUAUACAUCUUUAUAUAAUGCAGUUGUGGUAACCUUUUUUCCCAUAUCUUUACUCAUGCCGACGUAGUUACUGCUCAAACUUGGGAGGUAUCCCCCUAAAAAAUCGAGUUGAGCCACCUUAAAAAAAAUUGCCGAAAAGUUGCUAUUUUUUACUUGAUUGCUCUUGAAGUUUGUUUUAUUGUGGUUUGGACCGUGCACAGUAUAAAUAGGUUUUAUUUGCAUUUUCUUUUUUCAACAAAACUUCAUUAAUUAAUUUAUUACUGAUUAUUUAGUAGAACUCUUUGAAUUCAACAGUUAACACCAGAAACUUUUCUUUACUGUGUCUGUGUGAUUAUUAAAGCAAUCUAUUAGCACCGGCCUGCGUCAAGCUACUCGUUUACGCGUAGAGCGCUUUUUACCGGCCGGAUUCGUCUGGCAUGGAUUUUUCUUUCUGUAGCUAUUUAAACUUUUUCGGGUGUAGCAAGAUUUGCCACAGCCUUUUAGCGUCCGCAAUAGGAUUAAUUGGGCUUUUAUCUGCACGCCCUUCCCAGGUGGAAUCUGAAUCAAUGGAUUCACUAAGGGGCUGUUUUGACAUGAAGGGAGGAAGAUCCUAGUUCCAGGAAGAUCCUAAAAGGCGGAACAACUUUACGUUGGGUUUACAUGCAGGAAUUUGGGUCCGUGUGGUGCCCAAAUAUAGAAGGUUCGAGAAACAAAUAAAAAUGGCCGACGACAAAAACAAACAUACAAUUUGGGCCCUUCUGCUCUCUUUACUGGCGUUAUCACCUAUCUUUCAGCAGAAUUAUCACAAUAAUCAGCUCAUGCUAUAACUAACGCCAAAUGAAAUGGUCGUCUCUAUUGUCGUGAUUAGCCAAUGAACGACCCGCCGCUAUUUUUGUCGGGUUUGUCACUAGUACUAGGAUCCUCCUAGCGAACGUAGUUUACAUUUUGCUAUGCUAGGAUCCAGGAACAAGUAAAACCCUUUGCAUGUAAACCAAAUACAGAAAACACAUGGCGCUAGGAUGAUCCGCCCUCUAGGAUCUUCCUGGUACUAGGAUCUUCCUCCCUCCAUGUAAAGAGCCCCUAACAGUGAUAUCCGCCAUCAUUGAAAAACGUAACAAUGUAACAAUAAACACUUCAUGACUGGUAACGAGGGAAACAUUGAGAUUCGAGGGAAACAAAAUUUACUGUUUUCCGAGGGACUAGUAUAAUUGUAAGUACUGUAAGUGAUUUGUUAUAUAGCUGUAAAAUUUUAAAGCUGGAAAUUCAUUAAAUUCAAACCUCGCCAGUAGAAUUUAGCUGACUUUCUUUGGGUAGCUAGUAAAUGUCGCAAAAAAAGUGAAAAAUGACAAUUUUGUGCUAAAACUAACUAAAUGUACAAUGCUGCCAGUGUUUUCUUCGGAUGAAGAAUCCAUUACGCUAAAAAUUAUAGGACGUAUCACAAUCCAUCCUACCCGUGUUGGAGUAAUAGGCAUGCAGAGCUAAAGUUUUGCGAGCGUGAAUCUUGUCAAACAAAAUCUAAAUUCCCACGUUCAGACAUCGGCAGGCUAUUUGAUACAUGUGCAGUAAACGGGAUUCUGGCUAGGGAGUUUAAGAUACGGAGACAACGGACUGCGAACUACGGCUGGACGAGCGUUGUCCUUUGUUUGUAGCAUUGGGUUGAGUCGCGCAAAUACAGAACGUUAAGAUUGCACUACAGACAGUAGACUACGAGAGAAGAGGCGGAGUGGGAAACAACACGCAAAGAUUUUCCUUGUUUUCAUCACAGUUCACAAAAAUGUGUGAUCUUAUCUUUAGAGCAAUGAACAAAUUAUUCCAUACUUGAAGGAAGCAAUUACGUCGGGUGAAAUAUUGGGGGUCAUCAGAUGUUUGCAAAGUAUUCAAAAAACUUUACUAGUACUAGUAAAAAUAUUUUUAGCAAAAAACUUUAACGGUGAAAGUUAAAGAAACAAAUUUAUUAAAGUACAUAAUGUAUACUAAUAGAUGGAAAAAAGAGCAAAAAAGAAAUGACUUUUAAGAGAGGAAAUGCAUUUAUUCGUAUUUAAAUAAAAUAUACUAAUAAAUGGAAAAACGGGCAAAAAAGAAAUGACUUUUUAGCGAGAAAAUGCAUUUAUUAGUAUUUAAAUAAAAUAUACUAAUAAAUGGAAAAACGGGCAAAAAAUAUGAAUUCCCAAAUAUUGGGGAACAAAGUCUUGGAUACACAGGUUUUAUUUUUUCGCCCAUGAAUACUUAUGUCAAAUAUUAAAGAAAUAGACAGAAGUAGUAAUACCUCAUUUAUUAGAUUUAGAAGAUGACCUUCUCCGACUACUGAUCUGAUGUAGUUUGAAGUAUUGAAAUGCCGAGUUUCGAUUAUCUCGAAGAUGUUUACAUCAUUUUCAUUCAGCAAAUGUGAUACAAAAACUCGCAUAAACAAAGGUUACACAAGUAGAAAGACACACUAAUCAGUUCGAACAAACAUUGAAACUUUUCAAGUGCGAAGAGAAAGUAAAUUACCUGCAUGAUUUCUCUUCUUAUCGACCGUCAAUCUGAAUUCUGCUUAUAAACAGCUAAGCUUAUUUAAAUAUGAGCUUUUAUAGUUUUAGAUAAAAAUGUAGUGACAACCUUAAGUGGUUCGAGUGGAUUAAAAGCGUAAAUCUGAGCAGAAAUUAGAAACAAUUUACAUAUUUUGCUUUCCUCUCACUUAAAGCAGGUGAAUUGAAAACUUUUUUACGAAAAGACGAGAUUCUUGAAUUACCCUUUGUAGCUCCCUAAGCCGUUUUUAUUGUCGUCAGGCAACGCUCCUACGUUGCGUGACGAAACAAGGGCAUCCCGAUUCCCCCCGCUUGUAACCUGCGAUCAGGCGAUUUUUUUUUUUUUUUUUUGGCGGGGGAAAAAAAAUGCCUGGGAACGAGGAAGGGAUGAGGUUGUCCUCGCAAAGUGUGCUGGUUAGGGACUUUCACGUCCGCAUGACCGCAUCAUUCUCCAAAAUGGAGUGUGUUGCUGAGCCGAUGUCUGCAUAUCCUUUCCACCAUCUUCGAGAACUUCUCGAGCGUCUGGAUAUCUUGAGAAACAACGACAGCUUUUGUGACGUGACGAUCGCUGUAAAGGACAAAGAGUUCAAAGCUCACAGAGCUGUUUUAGCGGCAGCCAGCCCGUUCUUUCUUGCCCUUCUAACAAGCGACAUGAAGGAAAGAAACGAACAGCUGAUCAAAGUAGAUCUUGAAGAGGCCACUGAAUCCGUCGUGGGAGAUGCGCUAAAGUACCUGUAUACAGGAAAUGUGACGAUCAUUGAGGAAAGGGCCCACAACUUACUUGCAACGGCCAAUUAUCUUCUUUUGCCAGGCCAAAAAACAAUGGUGAGCGAUUUUUUAGAGGACCGAGUGACAACGCAGAACUGUGUUUUUAAUUAUUACUUUGCCGAUAAGUAUGAGUGUGUUGAGUUGAAGGCAAAAUGCUGUGAAGUGAUCAACUCAGAUUUCAGUGUUGUCAUGGAAACAGGAGAUUUUCUGAAUCUGGAUGUGAAGCAAGUUUUGGAGUGGGUGUCUAGUGAUGGCGUCAUUGUAAAUGCCGAGGAGGACGUUUUCAGUGGAAUUGUGAUGUGGGUGUCUCACAAUAAGAGUGAGAGAGAAAAACAUUUCCCUGAAUUAUUGCAUCAGGUUCGCCUGCCAUUUGUGUCUCAUGACUUUCUACUUAAUGAACUGGUAAAUGAGGAACUGAUUACUGAAAACCCUGAAUUUUGCUCAAAUUUUGUGAUAAAUGCUAUGAAAUCGGUGCUGAAUCCCACAGAUGGGGAAGCUUCUUGGCAGCCAAGGAAAUGCCAGGAGACGCACACUGAUGGAAUAUUUGUUUGUGGAGGAAAAAAGGCAUUAUGCUACUUUCCAUUGGAAGAUGAUUGGUAUAAGCUUGUGGACACACUGUUUGAGCAU